UGUCCAGUGCACACCGAGCGAGCUCGUGCACGUAUUUGCCUCCCCAUUGCUCGCGCUCUCAUUUACUCAUUUUAUUUCAUUCUUUCCGUUGUGUUUUUACGCGCAUCUGAGUUUGGAAACCUCAGCACCUCACAACAACAACAGCAAAACCAACCGCCUGGAAUAAAUAAAGCAAAUCCUCCAAACUCCAAAAGCAAAGCAAAAACUCCAAAGCCACGCCCACUCAGAGCGGGAACCUCCUUAAUGACUAAUUUCUCUCCCAGCGCUCGAGCUGGAGCUGGAGCUCCUCCUGCUUGUCCCAGAACUUUUGCCCCCAGAGCUCCUGCGAUGUCCUGAUCCCGGGAUCCCCCUCGCCCUCACCUGCUCGGCUUGAACCCCCACCAACCCAUCCAUCCAUCAACCCACCCACCCAUCCAUCCAUUCAUCCUCCGCAGCGAUGGGAGACCCGAAGGAUCCGGGAGCCGUCGCGGCGCCGCAGCCGCAACCGAGGUCCUCCGCGCCGUUCAGCAUCACCAGCCUUUUGCUGCUGUCGCCGCCCUCCAGGAGCAGCGAGCCGCGGGAUGCUGGAGCGCCGGAGAGGUGCGCGCCUUCCUCGGUCAGAGCCAAGGAGGAGUCCGGUGACUUGAAGAUGGAGGACCUGGAGGACUUCAAGGGGGACCCCAAGCAGGACGAGCAGAGCAAAGACGGAAAGGACAGCAAGGAUAGUAGUAAGGAUGGGGACGAAGCACCGGCCAAGAACGGCAAGCUAGACAAGCUGGACAAGCCCCCGUUCAGCUACAACGCGCUGAUCAUGAUGGCCAUCCGCCAGAGCCCGGAGAAGCGCCUCACCCUGAACGGCAUCUACGAGUUCAUCAUGAAGAACUUCCCGUACUACCGGGAGCACAAGCAGGGCUGGCAGAACUCCAUCCGACACAACUUGAGCUUGAACAAGUGCUUCGUCAAGGUGCCGCGACACUACGACGACCCAGGCAAAGGGAACUACUGGAUGCUGGACCCUUCAAGCGACGACGUUUUCAUUGGUGGCACCACUGGGAAGCUCCGGCGGCGUUCGGCAACGUCCCGCGGAAAGUUAGCCCUCAAGCGAGGGCUGAGGUUCGCUCCAUUGGCUUUGGGAAUACAUGAAACCGCGGGGAGCCCACUGUGCUGGCAGCUUUCUCCGUUCUUGUCCCUUCACCAUCACCAUCACCCACAUCAUGCUCACCACCAACACCACCCGCACCACCACCAUGGCCACUACAACGGAACGUCCCCGGCCUUCCUGAGCCAGGGGUCCGGCUACGGUGCGCUUCUUGCAGCGAGCGCGGACCCGCUUGGCAACCCUGAUGUGGGUGUGGGUAGACCCUUCGGGCUUUCAAACACCUACGGGGUGACCACGUCGCCUGUGGGGCUCCUGCACGGACAGACGGCGGCGGCGGCGGCAGCGGCGGCUUACUUUGGCUCCGGGACCCAGCAGGUAGCAGGAGCUCCUCCACCGCCACUGCCGCCUCACGCACCUCCAGCGCCGUUACCACCGCCGCCAGGACCGACGCACGGUCCAGGGUCGCUCCAGCAGCGGUCACAGUCACUGCUCGCGGACACUCUUGCCCCCCCGCUGCCGCCCUUCUCGGCCGCAGGGGCGGGCGGAUUUACCGGAGUUCUGGGCCAGCAGAAACGGGUCGCACAAAAUUCGUUUUUAAACUGAAACGUUGUAAAAAAGUAAAUAAACGGAUGACUUUGGGAUACAAAAAAUACGCAAAAAAGUGCGCAAGAAAUAAAAAAUAACAAAUAACAAAAAUUACAGGACGCGCGAAGAAGGGACCGAUGUUACCUUUGAGCAGGGACUAUAAGAAUAUACAGGCUAAAAUGUGUCUAAAUUAUACAUAAUAGUUUUAUGUCAAAGGUAACAACACAAUGCUACACACUACACAAAUACAUACACACAAACUACACACUAUUCUAUUUAUAUAUACAUACGUAUAAAUAAAUGUAUAUACAUAGUAAAUAAAUAUAUACCGCUCAAACAAUUUCUCGUUGAUUAAUUUAAGUUUUAUAUUUAUGAAGAAGGAAAAAAAUUAUUUAAAACCUUUUUUUUAGCCUCGUUGUAUUUAUUAUUCAUCCGUCCAGUAUAAGCAAGCAUCGUACAGUAAUACUGAUAAUAAUUACACAAAUUAUUUAUGUAUGUAAAGGUUUAAAACAUAUAUUUAAAACUAUAUAAUUUGCAGGACGUCUUUUCGUUGAGAAGCGCCUUAAAAAACGCAAAUCAGGGUAUAAAACCAUAAAUAGUUGAAUUAAAGUGAGUGUAGGCUAGAGAUCACUCCGAUUCUCCUCAGGUCACACAGGCCUCGCCUGCAGACUGCAGGUUUGUAACUAUGCUGUAUGUACAGUACAAUUAUGCAAUUAUGCAACGCAUUUUACACUUUUAAAUCUGUGUUUAUUACUAUUGAUUGCACUCUAAUUCGUCAGAAACCCAUAUACCAUAAGACAAUAUAGUGUUAUGCCAAAGUUGGGGCACUACUGUUUAAAAUAAAUGUGGUUUAAAUACGAGUAAAUAUGUAAAAGUGUAAUUAUGUUCACAUCUUUACAUUCUAUAUGUAUGCAAUUGCUUAAUUCCGUUUAUUUAAAUUAAAAAGCAUAAGUACCUUGAAGGGAUAUUGAAUAUUAUGGGGCUAGACAUUCAUUUUAUUUUAUAUACUGUAACUUUAAAAAGAUACAUUACAUAAUUUUUCUAAAGUUUUUAUUAGUAACAAAUUUAUAUCGCUACCCUGAAAUUAAGAGAUUUGUGCUCUGAAACAUGCAGAAUUGUAGCUUCUCAAAAUUCACCUACUGACCCAUAUAUAUAGCCUAAAUAUGGGCAUUUUGUGUGUUUACCAAUUAUUUUAAGCCAGUUCUCAAAAUACAAUGGUCCUAUUGACAUGUACAUUACAAAUAUUGGCAAAUAUUGACUGACAAAAUUCGCUGUAUCAUCUGAGAAAAAUCACUUACUGACCAUAAUAUCCUAAAUUCUCAAAAACCAUGUAACUAUUGACCGGUACAACCUAAACAUUGGCAAAAAAUAUUAUUCAAAUUUAAUGUUCUUUAUGAGAAAACGUACAUAUUGGCAGGUACAGUUGAAAUCCUGUCAUAUAUAGUAGCCUAUAUGUCCAGAGUGUUCUCAAAAUUUGUAAUUUAACUUUUGGACCUGUAAACCCAAAAUAGCGUCAAUUUGUAGCCUACAGCAAAACCCAUUACUUUUGGGCUGUUCACAAAUUCAGUGUAUCACCUGGAAAACUCACCCACUAAUAGAUAAUUGUAAUAUAUCAUGUAAAUUUAUUUUUUCAUAUUGGUAUUAUUCAUAAUUAUAUCACUAUCGACUGAAAUACCUAUUUAGAAAUACACUGGGUUCAAAUUUAGCUCUAGAAUAAAGCACAAUAUGUGCUGUAAAAUUUCUGUAAAAGAUUAAAUAACUUAAUUACACUUUACAUAAAAUCACUUUUAUUUUAUAAGGGUGGUGCCAACACUUUGUAUAAGACUGUAUUGUAACCUAACUAGAUAUGCAUGUCAGUCAGAUACACUAUCUUCAUCUUCAUUAUAUUCACUAUUAUUAUCUUUCAGUAUAGCACAAUCAUAUGUACCGUUAUUUUACAAUGACGAUAAUUUUGGUUCUGGCGAUAUUUUAUACAAAUUUAAGAAGAAAAUUGUGAUAAACGAUAUUACAAUCUCAUUUUGAGAUCAUUUUAAAAAUCACAUUACAUUUAAAAGCCAAUGCAUUUUUAAUUGUUACGAAGAAAUAAAUUCUGUCAUCUUAAAAGGAAAUAAUCAAAAUUGAAAUUAAGUAAAACAAGAAAAAUGCUAAUUCACUUUUUAAAAUGUGUUCUUCUUGCUAAUAUAAAAUAAAUAUAAUUAGCAAUAUAAUAUUGAGGUCAGCAAAAAAAAAAAUCGAGAUCAUGUGCAAAUAUUGUACGAUAAAUAAAUAAUUGGUAAUAAAUAAGUAAGUAAUUCUUACUUAACCCUAAUAGCAUAAUUUUCGUGACAGGGCUACUUGUUUUAUUAAUUUUGAAGGCCGUUCGCUUUUUUUCGUUUAACAGCAAAUAAAAAUGUUAAAAAUGUGAACUAGGCUGAGAUUUCCACUUUAAUCUUUAAUUCAAGCACACCACCAAUCAUAUAUUUACACUUUCCGUGAAAUGCAUAAUUAUUAUUAUUAUUUUCCAUUUCUCGUUUCGCUCACGUAUUUAUGAACUCCUGAACGUACUACAUUUAAACAAAAGCACACACAUAUUCAUUUACCUCUGUUUUAUUUUUUUUGUGAGGAAUGGUUGUUUAUUUAUUUUAUACUGUUGUAAUUUGAGUGUCUAUAGGUCUGGGAAUUUUAUAUGCAAGUGUUUUUUCGACUUUUUUUGCACUUUCAUUUAGGCUAGUUUAGCUAAAUUCAGUGUACAAAAUGUGUUUGUUUUUGUUUUUUUCUGUACUUUUUAAAAGGACUAACUUGUUCAGAGAAUGAGAUAUUAAAUAUUAAAAUCUCUGAUUUGUCAAUAAGACAGAGUAGACGAGCCGUUUGUGAAGCAUUUAUGAGAAAAUUCGAAAAAUGCCUGGAGAAGAGGCCUAAACAGCCUGGCUAAUCCUGUAUCUGUUGCUAAAGCUAAAUGCUAACUAACGAUCCUCCUCCUCACUCUGGACAAUAGCAGAAUGGCAGCUUGUUUUAAAGAGAAAAAAGGUUUAAAAAAAGGACUAUUCUUAUUAAGAUUAUUAAGGAAAUUCACUGUUUCUGAUGAGAAACCUAAAUAUUAGACAUUUCUAGAUGUCUAAACCGUUUUAAGCCUGGCAAAAAAAAAAAUAUAUAUAUAUUUUAGACCUUGUUGUUUUAGGACACGAUGACUGAAAUGACUGUUCUACAUUAAAAGGAUCAAACUUUAUGUUUUAAUGCUAGGUUAAAAAAAUAUCCUGAAGCAUUUUAAGGCGUCUAAAAUCAUGCUAGCUAACAAGCUAACGUUAGCUGGUAUGAACUCAAAAGGCCGAAACAAGGCCUAUAUGCUAUCUUAACUAAAGUGUUUGCUUUAAUUACUGUUGUUUACUGCACAGUUCAAUUACAUUGGGUCACUAGUUUAUAUGUAUUUCUAAUGUAGCGUAGCCUAAUGCUACUCUGUGUGCUACUAUAUCUGUGUUAGCGCACAAUUAACAAAUAUAUUAUCAGUUUAAUGUAUCUUAUGAAUAAACGUAGGCAAAGUUAUGACAUUAGAUUUGUUUUUUUAUAUUUAAUUUUACCAAUUUGUCCAGAUUGUGGUCAGAUUGGACACCACCUAUAAUUUAAUGCUAAAUAAAAUUAAAGACAAUUCUGCGCAAUUGCACAAUUUGCACACAUUUAUGAAGUGCUAACAAGCCUGUUUUUGGAUAUAGUGACCAUCAUAUCAGUUUGGAGCCUAUAAAUUAUUGAAAUAGUUGUUAGCUGGGACUUAAAAAUAACUGUAAUUUGUAUUUUUUCUGAGUUAUUUUACGGGAGUUCUCAAAAUUCACUGUUCUUUAUGGGAAAACUCACAUAUUGAACCUAAUAAUCAAACUCCUGUCAAAUAUAGUAGCCUAUAUUUUCAAACUGUUUUCAAAUUCCAUUAUAUCCUCUGGGAAAAUUUCAAUUUGUGGUCAAAAAUUUUAGAUUGUUGUACGCCUGGUCUCAAAAACUCACCAUUUGACUUAUAUAACUUAAAUUUUGGCAAAUAUUGUAGCAUAUAUCUUCAGGCCGCUCUCAAAAUUCACUGUAAUAUAUGGGAAAACUAAUCUUUUGAUCAGCAAAGCCUAAAUAGUGCACAAUUUGUAGCUUUUUUUUUAGCCUAAUGUAGGAUAGUUUUCAAAAGUCAAUGUUUCUUAUAGAAAUAUUGUAGCCUACAUCAAACUGCUUUUAAACUUUUAAUUUGCUUAUGGGGAAACUAAACCAUUCACCCGUAAACCCUAAAUAAUAUCAAUUUGUCAUUUUUUCCAGAUUGUUUUCCCAAAAAAUCACUGUUCCUUACAGAAAAACUCAUCUAUCAACUUGCUUAACCUGAAUAUUGACAAAUGCAGCUUAUAUCUUUAGGCCACUAUCAAAAUACUGGCAAAUAUUGUAGCUUAUAUAUUUAGGCUGUUCUGUAUAAUCCACUGUAAUAAAUAGGAAAACUAAUCGAUUGACCCGUAUUUCCUAAAUAAUGUCAAUUUAUAGGCUAAUUCUUCAGACUUUUGUAAGAUAAUUCGCGAAAACCGAUGUUUCUUAUUUGAGAACUUACCAUUUGAACUGUAUUGCCAAAAUAUUAGUAAAUAUUGUAGUCUAUAUAUUUUUAAACUGUUCUCAAAAUUUCCAGUUGCUUAUGGGAAAACUAAACCAUUGACCCGUAAACCCUAAAUAAUAUCAAUUUGUCCUUUUUUUCAGAAAAAUCACUGUUCUUUAUAGAAAAACUCACCUAUGGACUUGUUUAACCUGAAUAUUGACAAAUAUUGUGGCUUAUUUUUUCAGGCAGUUCUAUAUAAUCCACUGUAUAAAGGGGAAAACUUGACCCGCAUAUCCUAAAUAAUGUCAAUUUGUAGCCUAAAUUUUCAGAAUGUUGUAAGAUAAUUCUCAAAACCCAUUGUUUCUUAUAUAAGAACUCACUAUUUGACUUAAAUAAACUA